AUGGUGCGUCAGCUACAUGACGGUGUGAUGGCGCGAGUCACGGACAACGGAGCUGUCUCAGAGGCAUUCGCAGUGAACAACGAAGUGAAGCAGGGAUGCGUGCUGGCGCCUACCCUCUUCAGUCUUAUGCUCUCUGCCAUGCUGAUGGACGCCUACCGUGACGAGCAUCCCGGGAUCAGCAUCGCCUACAGGACGGACGGCCACUUCCUCAAGCCCAGACGGAUGCAAUUCCAGUAG